CGGUGCCAGACUUCGCCGUUCAGUUUCGUUUCUCGCCUCAUGAAGCUUGCAGCAGUUGCUAGUUCCGCCACCUAUUUCCAAAACCAAGACUGUUUUUGUUUGUUUGACAGUCAUAUUUCCUGGUUUGAUAAGAAUUUGAGCGACGGAGGCAAGACUAGUCUGGUUUUUGUAAAAAAGGAGGAAUACAGAGAAAUCGAGGUUUCAUGCCUUCGGACGGUAGGAGCCAUGAAGGUAGCGCCUCUCUUCCUCCUGACUUGCCUCUUGGGCCUGCUUGUCCAGAGCCCCUGCCUCCUGGCGCAAAAGGCGACCGCCUGCGAGGUUAAAGGUCGGACGGCAGACUGCACGCACCUGAGUCUCAAAGAGGUGCCCCCCGAUCUGCCCGCCGACAUCACCGGGCUGGACGUGUCCCACAACAUGCUCCCGGCGCUGCCCGGACUGUCCCUGGCGUGGUACCCUCAGCUGGUCCGCCUGGAUGCCAGCUUCAACGACAUCAAAGGCCUGGAUCCCGACAUGUGCCUCGCCCUGCCCCUCCUGAGGCACCUCGUGCUCCACCGCAAUGAGGUCCACCUCCUGACCGAGAAGGACGUGCUCCACUGCGCCAACCUCACUCACCUGGACCUGUCCUCCAACCGGCUCAAGCUACUGGGGGAGCCUUUUCGGCCCCUGCAGAGGCUGACCCGGCUGGACGUGUCGGCUAGCGGUCUCACCUCGGCCCGUUUGGGGUCCGUGCCGCAGCUGUGGAGCCUGAAGACGUUGUCCCUGUCUGGGAAUGCCAUAAAGAGCAUCAAGAGCAAUGACCUCUCCUACCUCAGCAACUCCUCCAUCCAGACACUGAUCCUCUCUUCUCUGCCACUGAAAACGCUUGAGCCUGGAUGCUUCCAGCAAAUCAGAGGACUGCGAGAUCUGGUGAUGGACAGUUCUCCGCUCAGCCCCCAGUUAAUUGUCAAAUUGAGCGAGGAGCUGUCGGGGACGAGGAUCGCCAGCCUUUCCCUCCGGAAUAUCAAGCUGGUGUCCCUCACCAAUACCACCUUCAAAGGCCUGCAGGACACUAACCUGACCUCUCUGGACCUGUCCAGCAACAGCAUGGUGUCACUGCACAACAGUCCUUUCCAGUGGCUGGGCACUUUGGAGAGGCUAUGCCUCAACGAGAACCACCUCAAGCACCUCACCAGUUCCUCAUUCACAGGGCUGGGGAACCUCAGGGUCAUGAACCUCACCAGGGCGUUGGUGAAGAGCCACAAAUCGCCCUACCCUAUCAUCGACGACUUCUCUUUCGGUCCGCUGGCCAGACUGGAAACCCUGCUAAUGGACUACACGGCCUUCCAAGGGAUCACGGCCGACCUCUUUUCAGGACUGGAGAGCCUCGGUCACCUGAGCCUGAGCUGGAGCAGCGUCGGCCUUCAGACUGUGAGCGGCAAGACGUUCGCCUCACUGUCCCGCUCGCCGCUCCGCACGCUGGACCUGACGGGCGCGGACAUCUCGCGCCUGGAACCGGGGGCCUUCUCGGACCUGGGGAACCUUACCAAGCUGCUCCUGGGCUCCAACUUCAUCUCCCAGACCCUGACGGGGGAGGAGUUCCGGGGUCUGGCCAGCCUGGAGGAGCUCAACCUGUACCGCAAUAGGAAGAUCUCCCUCUCCCCUUUGUCCUUCGUCUCCGUGCCCUCCCUGAGGACGCUGAUACUGGGGCUCGCUCUGGCCCAAAAUCAGGACUUCGACCCCUCCCCGUUCCAGCAGCUUCGCAACCUGUCCACGCUGGACCUCAGCAACAACAACAUUGCCAACGUGAUGGAGGGCCUUCUGGCCGGGCUGGAGAACCUUCGGGUCCUCAGGCUGCAGCACAACAACCUGCAGCGAGUGUGGAAGAGCGCCAACCCGGGCGGACCCGUCUCCUUCCUGCAGGGCCUGCGCAGCCUGGAGACGCUGGACCUGGACAGCAACGGGCUGGACGAGAUCCCUGUCACGGGGCUGAGCGGGCUAUCCCAGCUUCGCGAGCUCGGCCUUGCCGGGAACGUCCUGGACCACCUGCGGGACUCCAUCUUCGACGACCUGGACUCCCUGCGGGUGCUGCGGAUGCAGAGGAACCUGAUCACCUCGGUGCCGCGAGGCGUGUUCCAACCCGCCUUCCGCAACCUCAGCGUGCUCCGCCUGGAGCGCAACCCCUUCGACUGCACCUGCGAGAGCAUCCUGUGGUUCGUCAACUGGCUCAACGCCACCAACGCCAGCGUGCCCCAGCGGGGCUCCGAGUACAUCUGCAACACGCCGCAAGCUUAUUUCAACAAGUCCGUGGACCGCUUCAACCCCCUGUCCUGCAAGGACAUGGUCCCCUUCUUCGCCCUCUAUGUCGCAAACUGCAUCCUGGUGCUGAUCUUCAUGACAACCGCCCUCAUAUCCCAUUUCCAGGGGUGGAGGAUUAAGUUCCACUGGAACGUCCUGGUCAACCGCACCUUGGGCUUUGCAGAGCCGGACCUGGGCGAGGCCAGGUUCGAAUAUGACGCCUACUUGAUAUAUGCACCGGGAGACAGUAAAUGGGUGGAGAGACACUUGCUUCCCCUAGAGGAGGACAAGCAGUAUAGCUUCUUCAUGGAGGACCGUGACGCUGAGCCGGGCAGAUCCCAGUUUGAGGCCAUUGUUGAGGCCAUGAGAAGCUCCAGAAAGAUUGUGUUUGUCGUCACAGAAAAGCUACUGAGUGACCCGUGGUGCCGAAUGUACAAGGCGCAUCAGGCCAUGCACCAGGUGAUCGAGGACAGCCGGGACUCCGUGGUGCUGGUCCUGCUGGAGGACGUCCCGGACCACAGGCUGAGCCGCGCCCUUCUGAUUCGCAAGGGCAUGCUGAAGUCCCGCUGCAUUCUGCACUGGCCCCUGCAGAGGGAGCGCAUUCCCGCCUUCCGCCACAAGCUGCAGGUGGCGCUAGGCUCCAGCAACGCUGUACAGUAGUCGUGUGUGUAUUUGUGUGUGUGUCUGUGUGUGUGUGUGUGGGGGGGGGGUGGUUCUUACCUGUUGUCCUUCCGCAUGGCUUGAAGGGGGCUGGGUGGGCAGUGUGGUGACACCUGUACCAAUCUGCUGUAUGUGCCUUCCUGAUGAACUAUUGUUUAAUCACGUUCUCAACUUUUUUCACUAGAGUAGGCCUUCAUUUGUGCAGCCAGUUUAAACCAGUUUACUGUACUUUAGCUUACUUUUGCAAUGUCAGGAGAGUGUUCACUUUAAAGACAUAAUUUAUUAUGUAAUAAAAAAAACAUUUAUUACAAACUAGUGUAAUUUGAACCACAUACAGGUUUUUUUUACCAUUAUAUAGUUUUGUGGAUAUUACUAUAUAUUGAUAAAAUGGAUUGUGCUGUUGGCUUUAUGCCAUCUGUGUAUUUGAGAUUAUGAUUUUUAUUGCCAUGACUUUACAGAGAAUCUUUGUGGAUAAAACUGACUUGCCAAAG